CGAUCGAAGUGUGCCGCUAUAUCGCGCAUAAUCGUUCCGCAACCCCAGGAUAGUCCUUCUUACGUAAAGGGUAGUAGACGGAACAGUUGAAAGACGAUGGCUGAUAAAAAAGUGAACGAAUUUUAUACACGGCCACCAGUUUUGACCAAAUGGGAAGGAUUCAAACAAUUCCUGUGGAAUCCGGAAACGAAACAAUUCCUCGGUAGAACAGGGGCUAGUUGGGGAAAAAUAUUGUUAUUUUAUUUAAUAUUCUAUGCCGUUUUAGUAGGAUUUUUUGCUGCUUUGUUAGCAGUAUUUUAUCAAACUUUAGAUACCAAGAAACCUAAAUGGGAAUUAGACAAUGGUUUAAUUGGUAAUAAUCCAGGUUUAGGUUUUAGACCUAUGCCACCAGAAUCGAAUGUAGAGAGUACAUUAAUUUGGUAUAAAAGCUCCGAUAAGGGGAAUGUGCAUUAUUGGCAGGAAGAAUUACGAAAAUUUUUAAGGCCUUACCAUAAAGAGAAUAAUCCACAUUAUAAUAACGUAGAACAGUGCAGUAUGUUUGUCAGCCCUACGCCCGGUAAAGUUUGCGAUGUAAAAAUGACACCCCAGAAAUGGCAUCCUUGCUUAGACGAAGCCGGUUUCGGUUUUGAAGACGAAAAAGGUGGACCAUGCAUUUUUCUUAAACUCAAUAAAAUUUACAACUGGUAUCCAGAAUAUUAUAAUUCGACGAACCUGCCCGAUUCCAGUGUGAUGAGCGAAUAUUUAAGAAAAGAUAUCUUGGAUGCCGAAACCAGAAAUGAGCACCAAAUGGUAUGGGUGACGUGCGAAGGAGAAAAUCCUGCCGAUAAGGAAAACAUCGGUCCGUUACGAUAUAUACCUCAACGAGGUUUUUCAUCACAAUAUUUUCCUUUCAAGAACCAGGACGGUUAUCUUUCACCGUUGGUGGCCGUCCAUUUUGAAACACCAAAACGUGGUGUAUUGAUUAAUAUCGAAUGCAAGGCAUGGGCCAAAAAUAUCAUCCACGAUCGCAUCGACAGACGAGGGUCGGUUCAUUUCGAACUCAUGAUAGAUUAAAAACAGUAAUAUCAUCAAGUAGGCCAAAUAAGGGCUCUGACAACUGCCAUCAAGUAAAAUCGCAAAGGGGCUCGCAUUUUUAGUAUUCAAAAUUUCCAUAAAUAACAGAUUGGUGACGGUCUAGAUAGUUUAGUUGUAUUAGUUCACGAUUUUCAAAUCUGCCAUCACCGUUAGAACUCGUAAUGAUCGAUUCGGAAAUAUUUAGUCGUUUUCAAACAAAAAUUUUGUGUUAUUUAACUUUAUAACUUCUUUUUAUUUCGACUAUGUGUUUGCGGAUCGUCGAAAUUGUAAGUUUAGGUUGCUUUUGGCCGCCUAUCACUGACUUCCAUAGGUGUACCCAGGGUAAUCGUCAAUGGAGGUGAAUUAUUUGCAAUUUUCCAUUAAACAAUAACAGCUUUGUUUUUUUUUUAUUCCAUCAAACGAUACAAAAAUGACACUGAUUUCCAAGAGAUUUUUAUUAUUAACGUGGUUAGAAUAAAACUUCGUUUAAUUCGAAAUAGUUUCGUUGUGAAAAGUGGUUCCGAAGAUGAAAUCAAUCUUGAAGCAUCAUGGAGAACCAAUCGAUUCCCAAAUUACACACACGGUGUACCAAAAGUUGCUUCUACCAGAUUAAGAAUUAUCUCCACUCCAAAAAUUAAUUGACAACCAUCAACGUCUCAAAAUUUCAACUAAAAUAUAACCUCAAACUUUUGAAACUUCCUAACACAUAUUGAACUAAAAACUGUACAAUUAAAACCCUAAAAACGCGUUGAACAAAUUGAAAUUUCAAUCUUCUCAAUUUAUAUGCCCAGUUGAGUUGAAUUAAGACUCAAAUACCCACAUUUGUGUAAGUUAAACAGCUCAAACUAAACGAAAUAACAAAUUUUCAAAUUGGGUUAUGAUAUACUCAACUUUUUUAAUGGAAACAAAGAAGUAGGACGAUUUCACCACUUUUAGUUUAUUUUGUACAAUUUUACAAAAAAAUAAAGAAUCGAAAACAGGUGAAAUGUGGUUCCGAAGAUGAAAUCAAUCUUGAAGCAUCAUGGAGAACCAAUAGAUUCCUGAAUGACACACACGGUGUACCAAAAGUUGCUUCUAUCAGUUUCUCCUUUAAGUAAGAAUUAUCUCCACUCCAAAGAUUAAUUGACAACCAUCAACGUCUCAAAAUUUUAACUAAAAUAUAAACUAAAACUUUUGAAACUUCCUAACACAAACUGAACU